AUGGAGGAAGCCCACGCACAGGUGUUCUUCCGUCAGAAGAGUAUCGAACGCAACGCCACCUUCCGGAUUCCUGAGGUCUACCACGCUUUUAUAGUGAGCGAGGGCGGGUGCACUGGCAGGGGAUGCACCUACAUAGUCAUGGAGCAUAUUGAAAUCGAUUUUGAGAGAACUGUGUCAGAUGAACAGAGAGCACAAGCCAUCUCCGAGUUGAUCAGUAUCCCACCGCCACCUGGUGUCUUUGGGAGCCUUAGUGGAGGCCGCUACAGGCAUCAUUUCUUUCGAGACAGCCAGCCUCCUGUUCCGUUUUCGUCCGCCACAGAACUUGAAUAUAACAUCAAUCGAUGUCUAGCAUGGUACAACAGUGUCGCGGGGACACAAGAUAAAGUGGAUUUCAGUAAUGAACCGCUCCUAUGCUACUAUGCAGAUAUGCACCCAAGCAAUUUUCCCAUCGAUAAGCACGGCCAGCUCUGGGUGAUCGAUUUUGAUCAAACCGGAGUUCUCCCUUCGAGCUUCAUGAGUUAUGCGAUUGCUGCGCAUCCUAAGAAGCGGCUGCCAGUCCAUAUCAGAAAAACGAUCCCUUUGCCAAAGACAUCGAACCUGGGGCCUCUAGGUCGUGCCACCUAUCUGAUCAAGGUUGUCUGUAAUGCCUUUGACCCUCCCCCCCUCCCGAACAAUCGCACAGAGGCUGAUGCUGAAUCCCCGCGCACCGACUAA